UCCGCUUCUCUCCAUUGACAAAUCUACGAGCAAGAUUUAAAAGACAAAGAGAAAGAGAUGUUUUUCUUCUCGUUUCUUGGAAGAGUCCUCUUCGCUUCUCUCUUCAUCUUUUCUGCUUGGCAAAUGUUCAAUGGCUUUGGAGUUGAUGGUGGUCUUGCAGCUAAAGAAUUGGCUCUAAAGCUUGAUCUGCACAAGGAACAUCUAUCUUCUAGAUUAGAGGUGAGACAAGCCAUUGUUACUAUUGUUUCCCUAAUAGCAGUCGGAGUCUCACUCUUUGUUAUCGGAAAAAUCUUUGGUGCUUAUCUGGCUUUUUACUUUAUGGUUGUUGGUCCUAUUAUGUAUGAUAUCUACAACUAUGGACCUGAGGGUCGUCAUUUCUCUCCAUUCUUGAUAGAGGUCUUGCAGAACGUUGCACAAUUUGGAGCACUGUUUCUUUUCUUUUCGAAAUGAAGAACUCGGUACCCUCUGAGAAGAAUCGGAAGAGAACUCAUAAGCAGGAAGCUCAUGUUGUCUGAAGAAAGAAACUUUAUAUGUGUUUAUAUCAAUCUGCUACACACUUGAUCCUUUCUCUUUUCUUCUUUAGCUACGUUGUUGUUUCAUGCACCAAGUGUGAAUAGUUUU